UGCCUGCCUAUUUACCAGUCCUAAAUCAAUCAAAUCAAAAUGGUGGUGUUGUGUUAAAUGAUUGCUAAUGUCUUGUGUGCCUUGGCGCACAUGUGUACCCCUUGAAAUUACAUAUAACAAUGGCAACAGCUGCACAACUCCUUGAUGAGUUAAUGGGUAAAGAUCGUAACCUUGUUCCAGGAGAAAAAAGUGCACAAGUUCACUGGUCACAUUCAGAUUGCUGCAAACAUUUUAUAUGUGGUUUUUGUCCACAUGAUCUAUUUGUCAACACAAAAGCUGACUUAGGUCUUUGUAGUAAAGUACAUGAUGAUCAGUUGAAAUUAGAGUAUGAGAAAAGCAGUAGAUUUGGUAAAAUGGGAUAUGAAGAAGAAUAUCUUCUGUUCCUCACCCAAAUUCAAUCAGAUGUUGAACGUAAAAUACGAAGAGGACACGAUAGGCUACAGAUGAAUAAAGCCAGAGAACAAGAGCUUUCUCAAAAUGACAGUGACAAGACAAAAAUGCUUACAGAUCAUAUAAAUCAACUUCUUGAAGAGAUUGAACAACUUGGAUCUGAAGGGAAAGUAGAAGAAGCCCAAGGCGUUGCGAAAUUGGUGGACCAAUUAAAAGAAGAGAAAGAACAGGGUAAAGCAAAUGCUGGUGUUGCUGGCCAAGAGAAACAAAUGGAAGUAUGCGAGGUGUGUGGAGCGUUUCUGAUCGUCGGUGACGCACAAUCGCGCGUCGAUGAUCAUUUACAAGGAAAACAACACGUCGGCUAUGCGAAAAUCAAAUCAACAAUAGAAGAAUUAAAGAAAAAGCCGUGGUUGAAGCGAAAGAAAAGCGACUCAGAACAAAAAGAAACCAACGAGAAAGAACGAACUGAACGACGACGUUCAAGAGAUAGGUCGAGAGAAAGAAGACGACGCAGUCGAUCUCGAAGUAAAGAACAUCGGCGUGAAAGACGUCGUAGUCGUGACCGAAGCGAUCGCGACCGAAGCGAUCGCGACCGAAGCGAUCGCGACCGAAAGGAUCGUGACCGAAGUGAUCGUGACCGUGACCGAGAUCGUGACCGCGAUCGAAGAAGUAGUCGCGAUUCAAGGCGCAGCUAUCGCAGUCGAAGUAAAAGUAGAGACAAAUCGCGCCGACGAAGAAGUCGCAGCAGAGAUAGAUCGAGUCGUCGAAGCAGUAGAAACAGUAGUCGUGACCGACGAGAAAGAAGAUCAUCGCGCGAAAAACGAGAAGGUGAGUCUGAUAGUCGAAGAUCAAAGGAGAAGUCAGAAACUAAGGAACCAGAAGAGACGUUGAAAACUGAAGAAACGGAAGAAGUGUCGAAAAUGGAAACCGAUGUUACAGGUGAAAGCAACAACAUACCGAAUGGAAAUGACGAGGGUAUCUGCAAAGCGGAUUCCACCGUGGAAAAUGCAGUUGAAAGUAGUAAUAAUACUGACGGUCAGACUCGUGACGUGGACAGUCCUGCAAAAGAUGAACUGCCUAAGGAAGAAGAGGUUGAAACAGGCAAUUAAAGAAGUAUUUCUGACAAGCCAUUGCUGUCAAGCUAAGAGAAGUCGAAUGUCAACUCUUGCAAACGUUAAGAGUUUCUCAAAAGAUGCCAUUGAAAAUUUUGUAAUAAGGUAUGGUUUACACUACCUUACAUAUGAGGAUGUACAUUAUUUCGUUCCAUGUUGGCUGUAAAGCUCUGGUUACACGUGCUAAGAAAUGUCUUUUGUAAAUUAGUUGCAGUGGUUUAAAGAUGAUAAAAACAAA